AUGAAGACUGACUUGGUGGGGAAGUCAGGCCCAAAAGAAGAGGCCAACAAGGAGAAGGAGAUGUGUGGCAUAGAGUCAUUGAACAGCCAAGGCAGCCUGGACUCCAACAGAGAGGAUGACAGAGCUUCUCUCACCUUGACCUUCACCCUCGACAGUGUGAGGAAGAUUGAGCUCUCUAAGGCAGCUGAAGCCUUUGAGAUGUUUGAAACUCAGAUCCAUCACUUUGAAACCCGUCGAGCCAAAAAGCCCAAGAACUCUGUGGAUGAUCUUGACAUUUUUGUUGAAUGUGAAGUUCAGAGUGCUGAUGUUGGUACCCUUAUUACCUCCUUAAAGAGAGUAGCAAAGGAUGUGAAAACCAGCAGAGAAGACAAAGUACCCUGGUUCCCCAGGAAAAUCCAAGAUCUGGACAAAUGUCACCAUCUGAUCACUAAAUAUGAUCCCAGUUUGGACCAUGGUCACCCUGGAUACUCUGACCUGGAGUAUAACAAACGGAGGGCAUUCUUUGCUGACCUGGCCUCUAAAUACAGAGCAGGAGACCCUUUGCCUCACAUUGAGUACACAGCACAGGAAACAGCAACUUGGAGAGAAGUCUACAGGAAGCUGAGGAGCCUUUACCCUACUCAUGCCUGUACACAGUUCCUGGAUGCUUUCCAGCAGCUGGAGAAACACUGUGGCUACCGAGAGGAUAACAUCCCUCAGCUUCUGGAUGUCUCCAGAUUUUUGAAAGAGAGAACAGGUUUCCAGCUGAGACCAGCUGCAGGACAGCUGUCUGCUCGGGACUUCCUUGGCAGCCUGGCAUUUCGUGUCUUCCAGUGCACACAGUAUAUAAGGCACUUCUCUUCUCCUAUGCAUUCCCCAGAACCAGACUGCUGCCAUGAGUUGUUGGGUCAUGUUCCCAUGCUGGCUGACAAGGAGUUUGCCCAGUUCUCACAGGAUAUUGGACUGGCUUCUCUUGGAUCAUCUGAAGAAGAGAUUGAGAAACUGGCCACACUUUACUGGUUCACUGUGGAGUUUGGCCUUUGCAAGCAAAAUGGAUUGAUCAAGGCUUAUGGGGCAGGACUGCUUUCAUCUUAUGGGGAGCUGAUGCACGCUUUGUCAAACAAGCCAGAGCACAAGCCUUUUGAUCCAGAAGUGACUGCAGUUCAACCCUAUCAGGAUCAAACCUUCCAGCCUGUCUAUUUCAUAGCCGAAAAUCUGGAAGAUGCCAAGGUCAAGCUUCAGAACUACACAAUGAAGAAGAUCAAGAAGCCUUUUGCUCUGCAUUAUGACCCUUUCACCAGCAGCAUAGAGGUUCUGAACCCAUCACAGAAAGUCAAGAGGGCACUCCACCAGAUGAAAGAGGAACUGAAAAACUUCUGCUUGGCCCUUGAAAACCUCUCUUAA